AUAGGUUCUUGAAAAUUUUCCACUCUUGAUAACCAUAUGUUGAAUGAUUAUGAACGUAGUAAAUUUGUUUAACAAUGUCUUUGCUGUCGAAUACCUUGAACAUAUGGGAAAACAAUCUUGUAUGGCUAUUCAAAAUGACGCUAUUCAUUAUCCUCUUUGUAAAAUCAUUGUUGAGCCUGCAACAGAACAAGGUUGGAAAUCGCAUUUGAUAACCGAAUGCACAAAGAAUCGUAGAAAUUCAAGAUUUAUAUUAAUUGCAUUUGGCUCAUAUUUGGUGCCCUAAUA